AUGGGGAUAACAGAAUUUGAUUUGCAACCCCUUAAAAAAAUCAAAGUGCCAGAUGAAUAUGAGAAUGAUGUAUAAUUUUAUACAGAGGCAAUAAUGAAGUAACACGAAAAAAGGAGACAAAAAUUACUAAUGGAAUACUAAGAAUUAUUACAUUUAAAAUAAGAAGAAAAUUCUCAUACUCCAUAAUCAAUAGUCUAAGAAGAAAAAUUAGAGGAUGCACAAAAUUCAAAAAUAAAUGAAAAAUUGAUAAAGGUUAAAAAACUAAAUUAAGAACAGCAAGAAUAAAAAUUACUUCUUUAUUCUCAGAAAUAAUAAUUAAUAGAGUCACGUCGAAAAUAAAUUAGUAGUGAAAGAGAACUUAAAGCAUAAUAAAAAGAAAUAUUAGACACUUCAAGAAUGGAAUAAGCUUAACGAAAUAGAGUAUAACUGUAAAAAAUGACUCAAGAUAAAUAAGAGAAACGCAAAAUGAGUUAUGAUGCCAAGUUAUAAAAAUUAGAACUUUAUAGAUAAGCAUAAUAUAUUGCUCCAAGAAAGACAAGGUUUGAUGAUACAAUGGCUCGAUAUUAAAGGAGUGUUGAGGAUAGAAAAUAAUAAGAUAAAGAAAGAUUAAGAAAAUUAGAAGAAAGUUUAGAAAAAGCUAAUUCUAAGAAAACAUCAAAUAUCAUAGAAAUAAAAAGAAAGAGUUUGCUUGAAUAAUUAAAAAUAGAGGAUGCUCUUUUCAAUAGAGAAAGAUCAUGGCAUGCAAAAAAAAAUCGAUUGCUAGAAAAAUUGUAAGUAAGAACAGAGAUUGUUAGACUUAAUUAAAGCGAACCUAAAAAGAAACCAUAUCCAUUACCAAAAUUUCUAUGUUAAAAAGAUUAAAGAAAAGCAAAUUCCACUGCAUUAUGUUAUUUUGCUUCCGAGAUUGUAGAUUAACUAGAAAGUGUUAGCAUCCAUGACUUAGAAGAGAAACUACUAGACUUGUGCACAUCUUAAGAUAAAAUACAAAGAGAUUAAUUUGUUAAAACUAAUUAUUUGUUUUUAUAUAACUGAUAUGGAUUAUCUCACAUAAGAUGAAGUAGGCGGUAUUGUUGCUAAAGGUCUAGCAGCUCUUUAUUUAGAAAGGCCAUAAUUUCCUAUUGAUUAUCUUGCUAAAUGGCUUCUCACUUACUCAGAAUUGCUCAAAAAAUAAAAGACAAGAGAAGAAAGAGUAAUGAAUUAUAUUUCAUAAUUAUUAGUAACAAGUUAAAGAAACAAAAAUAAAGGAAUUUAAAGUUCUAACUGAAUAAUUAGCAUAUUUAAAAGAUGAGAGCAAUAGACUUGAAAAUUUGUAAAAGGAGAAACAUGAAUAAUUUUUAGAAUCAAUUAAAUAGGCAAAAUAUCAUGAUGAAUUCUUAAGUGAUGUAUUUUGUGAUUAUGUGGCUAACAGAUUUGUAAAUAUAAUAUCUAAUAAUAGAGAGUGAAUUCUUAUGUCUGUGAACUUGAUUUUCCAAAAAAGGAGAUUGAUUUAAAUUAAGAAGAUGAUGAAAAUGCUCAUAUCAAUUUAGAAGGAACAAAGCUUUUGACUUAUAUUUAUGCUGAUCAAAAUUCAAAAUUCCUAAUUGGUCAAAAUUUACUCCCAGAAACAGGAGUUACAUAUGAUGCAUUAAAAGAACCAUAACCAGAUGAAAAUGGUGAAGUAAUUUAAACUAAUGGCAUUUAUAUAUCAAAUGUUGUCAAAGAGCCUAGAAUUGUAUAUCAUAAAUGGCCUAAAUUGGGUGCAUAUUAUGCAAUCCCACUUGUCUAUUAGAGUUGUCUUUAUGAACAAUCAUUUGAUUAAGGCAUUGAAUAGAGAUAACAAUAUAUGAUACUAAAAGAGAAUUAAGACAAAGAAAGAUCAGCUAAAGAAGCUGAAUUUGAGGAAAGACUUGAAUCUGAAGAUCCAGCAAUUAUUGAAUAGGAGAAAUAAGCAUAUUUAGCAGGUUUAGAACCUCUAUUAGAACCAUCUUUUGCUUAAUAAAAAAAAGAGUAUGUUUUUUGUAUUGAUACUUUGGGUUAAGAUAGAGAGAUACCUGAAAAUCAUAGAUAAGAAAUUUUUGAUUUAGUUAAUAUGUUAAUUAAAUAAUGGGAACUCUAAGAAAUAUAAUCAAUGAAGACUGAUGUUGAAUUAUAAUUACAUUAUUAAUCAAGUUUAGGUGCUCCAUUCAAAGAAAUAUUAGAAAAUUGGGCAUUAGAGGAAGAAUAAUAUAUUGAUAGUCAUUAAGAGAAAUUAGCAGAAUUCAAAGAAAACGAAAAAUUAUUAUAAUAUGAGACUGAUUGUUUGAGAUUAGAAAGAUUAAGGGAGAAAUUAAGUGAUAAGGAAUUUAUCUAACCAUUAUUAAAUCUUAGCAAUUGUAGAAUUAUAAAAUUUAAUACAAUUAUUUAAUCAGGUCUAUAUUUAAUUGGAGCAAAUAAAUUAGAUAUUAAUUUGCCUGAAACAAAUAGAUUGAAUAUAAGAAAAUUGGUUCUUGAUGAGAACCUUAUUUAAUAAAUUGUGGCCUAUAAUCAUAGAGGUCCUAAACCAGAACCAUAAUACAAAUGGGGUUAUGUUGAUAGAGUUUAGAAAAGAGUUGAAAAAAUUGAAUAAGAAUAAGUUGAUGCUUACAAUUUAAUUUUGGGAAGAUUACUUAAAUUUUUGUAAUUGACUUGUAAGUUAAGAAAAUUAGAUAUUGAAAUUAGAAGAGAGAAUAUUGCUAAUAAAAGAAAAUAAAUUGAAUAAUUGAAGGAAGAGGCAUCAAAAUUAGUAGAAUAAAAAGAAUUGGCAUUAAAAGAACAUAAAGAAUAAGUAAAUUAAUUUAUUAUCAAAGUUAUCUCCUGAAGAAUAAGAAGAAUUUAAUUAAGAGGAAUGGGAGGCUAAUUUUGAUAGUGAACAUCCAAUGCCAGAAAUACCAGAGAAUCCAGCUGAUGAGAUUGAUGAUGAUUACAUUAUUGAGCCACCUCAGCAAUGA